AUGUCAGAAGUAUAUAGUUUACAUUCAGAUGAUGACAUAGGUUCUUCAAGUAAUGUAACGGAUCAAAUCAAGAAACUACAUGACGAUCCAACUAUUACAAAAUGGAGGGACUAUCAGAAACUUCAUGGUACAAUUUCUCGUACUACUACGAACGAAUUAGGUGAUGAUGACACUUCAUCCGAAUGUAGUCACGAUGAGCAAGAACAACAACACAUAGUAGAAGGCGAGCAAAACUAUCCUCACACACUUUUGACCUAUCGACAAAAAUGGUUCAUGGUUUUUUUAAUGACGAUAACUGGUUUUUGGUCAUCCCUGGGUUCUCCAAUUUAUUAUCCUGCUUUGAAAGAAUUAGAACAAAAGUUCAAUAUUGAUGAAAAUAAAGUUAAUGUCACUGUGGUGGUAUAUUUAUUGUUUCAAGGUGUAGCUCCUGCAAUUUCCGGUGGUCUAGCAGAUGUUUACGGUCGUAGACCAGUCAUUCUUGGAGGUAUGCUUAUCUUUGUGGUUGCCUCCAUUGGUAUCGCUAAAGCACCAUCUUAUGGUGUUAUUGUCUUCUUAAGAUGUAUUCAGAGUAUUGGUAUCUCACCAACAAUUGCUAUAAGUUCAGGUGUCGUCAGUGAUUUCACUGUGAAAAGGGAAAGAGGUACUUUUGUGGGUGCUACAUCGGGUCUUGUCUUAAUCGGCCAGGGUAUCGGUCCCUUACUAGGUGCCGUCAUUACAGCAGCUUUACAUUGGAGAGCAGUCUUCUGGUUUUUAACCAUCGGCUGUGGUUCCUGUAUGAUUAUUGGAUUUUUCUUAUUACCAGAAACCAAGAGAACAAUUGUAGGUAAUCUUUCAAUUAAACCAAAAAAUAUCAUAAAUAGAGCACCCAUCACAUAUUUACCAGUUGUUCAAAAAAGGUUUCAUUAUGACAACCCAGAUUAUGAUUCUUUGGAUUUGAAUAAACCAACUCUAGAUCUUUCUACUGCUUUCAGAAUAACAGCAUUACCAGAAAUCUUUUUAUCUUUAUUGCCUGGUGGGUUACAAUUUGCCAUGUGGACUUUAAUGCUUUCAUCAAUUUCCUCAGAAUUAAGUGUCGCGCCAUAUAAUUAUUCUUUGACUAUAAUUGGUGUCUGUUAUCUACCAGCUGGUAUUGGUGGUUUGGCUGGUUCAAUGUUAACCGGUAGAGUGAUAGAUUUAUAUUACAGAAGAUCUCUUCAGAAGUUUCAAGAAGAUAAAGAAAGUGGGAAAAUUUCUGAAGAUACACCUUUCAAUAACUUUAAAGUUCGUCUAGCAUGUGUCUUGCCACAAUGUUUUAUUGCUAUUUGUUCCUUUAUCCUUUUCGGUUGGAGUGUAGAUAAAGGUUGGAAGAUUCCUUCCGUUUUAAUUACAUCAUUUGUUUGUUCAUAUUGUACUAUGAGUUCAUUAUCCGUUAUGACUACUUUGUUAGUGGAUUUAUAUCCAACUAAAUCAUCAACAGCCAGUAGUUGUUUCAACUUCGUUAGAUGUUCAUUGAGUACUAUCUUUAUGGGUUGUUUUGCUAAGAUGAAACAAUCAAUGACUGUUGGUGGUACGUUCAGUUUCCUUUGUGGGCUUUUGUUAUGUGCCAAUCUUUUAACAUUCAUUCCACUGACUAAAGGUAUCCAAUUAAGAGAAAGAAGAGCCGCAAAGAUGGAAGCUAAGAGACAAGCUAAGAGAGAUAUUGAAAAGGAAAGUGAUCUUUGA